AUGGAAAUUGAACUACCUGGUGAACAAGAUAAUCGUUGGGAUGUUUGGGGUUAUUGUGUUGGUGAUAUUAGAGAUGGAGAUCGUGUAAAACACUAUCAAUCGGAUCCAUUUAAUUUAGUUGUAACAGCUGGAGAACCAGUUAGUGAACCUAAAGAAAUACCAUCAGCAGUCAAAGAGG